GCGAUGGCAGAAGUGAAGGCUUCCCUGAUCUGUGGAGUUGUAGCUGCUUUCCUCAGCUCAGCGGUGCUUGCAUUUGUUGAGGAUCUAGACGACACAUUUAAAGACACCAGAGUGAACGAUGUCUGGCUGGUUGACUUCUAUGCUCCGUGGUGCGGCUACUGUAAAAAACUAGAACCAGUAUGGCACGAUGUGGGAGCCGAGCUGAGGAGCUCCGGGUCGCCGGUCCGUGUGGGAAAGAUGGAUGCCACCGCGUACUCCGGAAUGGCGUCAGAGUUCGGUGUUCGUGGUUACCCUACGAUAAAACUGUUAAAGGGUGAUCUGGCCUAUAAUUACAAGGGACCAAGGACAAAAGAUGAUAUUGUGGAGUUUGCCAACAGGGUGGCAGGACCGGCUGUCCGGGCGCUUCCCAGCAAGCAGAUGUUUGAGCACAUGAUGAAACGCCAUGAUGUGCUUUUUGUGUAUAUCGGCGGGGAGUCUCCCCUCAAAGAGAAGUACAAUGAUGUCGCCUCCGAGCUCAUUGUCUACACCUAUUUCUUCUCGGCUUCAGAGGAAGUCUUGCCAGAGUCUGUAACUUUGCCAGAGCUUCCUGCGGUUGUAGUCUUUAAGGAUGGAGCCUUCUUUACCUAUGAUGAGUAUGAGGAUGGCAGUUUGUCAUCGUGGGUGAACAAGGAGCGCUUCCAAGGAUACCUUCAGAUUGAUGGCUUUACGCUAUAUGAGCUAGGAGAAACAGGCAAAUUGGUGGCGAUUGCAGUCAUCGAUGAGAAGGACCCCACAGAGGAGAGUGGCAGAUUAAAGACCUUGAUUCAGAGGGUGGCAAAGGAAUACAGAGAGCAUUUUAACAGAGACUUCCAGUUUGGCCACAUGGAUGGGAACGACUACAUAAACAGCCUCAUCAUGGGCGAGGUGACGGUGCCCUCUGUUAUCAUCCUCAACACAUCCAACGAGCAGUACUUCCUGCCCAGUGAGCCGAUUGAGACCAUGGAGCAGCUGGUCCAAUUCAUCAGCGGGGUUUUGAACGGUUCUGCACAGGCAUACGGAGGUGAUGGCAUCAUUCAGAGGAUCAAACGCGUGGCCUUUGAUGCCAAAUCCACCAUCAUGUCGGUGUUUCGCAGCUCUCCUCUGCUGGGCUGCUUCCUGUUCGGCCUACCGCUGGGUGUAAUUAGCCUGAUGUGCUACGGCAUCUGCACGGCCGAGUCGGAUGACGGCUCGGAUGACAUAGACGCUCUCAAGAGGGAGGGCCUGACCGACGAAGAGGACGAAGAGGAGGAGGAGAGGCAACGCGGCGGUGGUGAGCUGGAGGGCCCCGAAGAAGGCGAGAACGAAGAGGAAGAGGAGCCAGAAGUUGGAGAGAAAGAUCCCGAAGAGAAGAAAACCGAUUAACACAGGGAGGGGGUUCCCGCCGGAUAGAGGAUGAUAGGCCUAGUGAAAUGCAGUGGCAUGAAACUCAAAGACAUAUCAAUGUAUUACUGUUCUGCUUCUUUGUUUUUCAUCUCACUUUCUCCCCCACUCCCCCCACCUCCCCCCCU